UGGUUCCUAAACACAGAAGACAUCUCCAGUCGGUUUCCGUCAACCAGCAGCUCGUUAUAGACGCUAAGGCCUAAUAAAAUCCCGUUUUGAGAAUAUAGUGCACCUGCAAAUAAUGGGAAGGGGUGUUGUGUACUCCUAUACCGCUGUCAGCUGUGCGUUUGUCGCACAGGCCCGUUAGGCUCGAGUUUGUUAGCGUUAGCCGCCUGCAGCUGUCUUGCGCACUCGCGGAGGCAAAAUGGUGUUGUUGUUGAAUCCACUGGAGAAUCUGAAGACCUACAUAAGUAACCGUCCACCGCUGGUCAUUUUUAUGGUCAGCGUCAGUGCUGUGGCUAUUGCUUUCCUCACUAUAGGAUACUUCUUUAAGAUCAAGGAGAUCAAAUCACCUGAAAUGACCGAGGAUUGGAACACCUUUCUUCUCCGAUUCAACGAGAUUGACUUUUGCAUCUCGGAAAACGAGACCCUCAAGCACAGCUUGAAUGAGUCCAUUACACCAGAGAGCACAGUGACCAGUAGCCAGACACGAUCCAGCACCCAGUCGCCACCCCUGCUGGAGGACCCUGGUCUGAUCAACAUCUCUGUGGCCAUCACAUUGACCCUGGAUCCGCUGAGGCCAUUUGGGGGUUAUUCGCGCAAUAUUACCCACCUUUAUGCUAGUGUCCUUGGGCAGCAAGUUGGCCUUGCUGGCAGAGAGGCCCAUGAAGAGAUGAACAUCACUUUCACUCUGCCGGUAGCCUGGAACUCAGAUGAGUGCAUUCUGCAUGGUCGUUGUGAGCAGAUGGUCUUCAGCACCUGUAUGACCAUCACAGCAGCCAGUAAUGUCUUCCCAGUCACAGUGCAGCCGCCUCACUGUGUCCCAGAAACCUACAGCAAUGCCACAUCCUGGUACAAGAUUUUCACCACAGCACGAGACUCGGACACAAAGUACACACAGGAGUACAACCCAUUCUGGUGUUACAAAGGUGCCAUUGGGAAGGUGUAUCACACACUGAAUCCCAAGCUCACUGUCAUCGUUCCAGAUGACGAUCGCUCUCUCAUUAACCUGCACCUCAUGCACACCAGCUACUUCCUGUUUGUGAUGGUCAUCACAAUGUUCUGCUAUGCAGUCAUCAAGGGCAGGCCUGGCAAAGUUCGACAGAACAACCCAGAUUUCUGUCCAGAAAAGGUGGCCUUGUCGGCAGGAUAAACGGGGUCGAAGGUGAACAUCUGAACUGAAGCAUAUCGGAAAGGGAAGUGAGAAAACUACAUGUUGCCUACUGAACCCAGGAGAAGGGUGCAAAAAAAAAAAAGCUCUGUGAAUGCAUUUUUCUGCAAUGUUGGGUCACUCCAACCAAAGACUUUUAAGUGCCUGUAUCUACUGUGUAAAUAAUUAUAGGACUCUUAAAUUCAGUACAGAAGCAGUCUGCCUGAGCUUCCCCUGCACCCUGUGCCAUCCUGUAAAUGUUCAGUAUAUCCUGUAUCAACAGAGGAAAGCGUUCGACUAGAGAUGGGGAACAUCGCCUCCAUUAAAUUGAAUCCAUUCUCGUGCUCACUCUUUGUGUUCUUCAUCAGAUCACAAAUGUGUAUCCUACUUCCUGUGAUAUUUGAUUUCUCUGGAGGUGACCUUUGCCUCGUCAUUCCUCUUGUGUCUUUAUCUUAACCGACCCUUUCAUAUGUGUCCAUUGCAGAUUCUGCAGUGGCAUUUCUUUUGAUUCCUCUUUGAGAUGUGUGGAUCUCUGCCAUGAACCAUGAUCAGGCUGCUGGUCAUGAUCUUUGAAGGAGUUCCUCUAGUGAUGACAGCAGGCAUUUGUUUGACACGUUUCUUUUAUCAUCUGGUUUUACUGUGUCUAAAAGAAAUGCCUGAGUGGAAGUUGACACAGUGCUCGAUUUAAAUUCCUCUUAAAUGCAAUUGGAUGGGAAUAAAAACAUGACAAAAUAACAUCUUCCUCAGAAUGUUACAGUGUUAGUGAGUGGAGAUAAAAUGCCUAUUCGUGGAUCGAAGGAUUUGUGUGUUUAAAUCUGAAUUGACGCCUUGGGCUUCACGUCUCAUUUAGAUCUGUUUCUGGACACUUCAAAUGAAUGUAUUUGUAAAAUCAGCAAAUUAACAGCAGUGAUGCAGCAGCAAUCUCUUGUACAUUUAACAUUGAAGAUUAAAAAAAAAUGUAAAUCGUUAUUGUAGAUAUUUUAUUUUUUGUAAUCACAUUACCUUGUUUUGUUUUCACAAAACGAUUUAUACUCUUACCCAUUUCUCAACCAUCCAUUUUGUUUCGUUUAAUGCCUAGUUUGAUACUUCAGCAAUGCCUAUGUUUUGUUUUAAUCUUAGUGCAAUAUAUGACCUGUCUUUUUGCCUUCCAGACUUACUGUUUUGUUGUUCUUAUUGUCAAUAGGUUUUCAUUUCCACUCAAAGAAACGCAUAUCAUGCAUGCGUGAUCAUAUCCAGUAGACGUGCGUGAGACAUAAUACGAAUGCUCUCCCCCUCCAUUUUGUGUAGUUCAUGCUCCUAUUUAGUUCAGCAUUGCAUCUUUGUACUUUCCCACCUUUCCCACUGCUCUUUAUCGACAAACCCGUUUUCCCAUUAUGCCUUGCUUAAUUACAGCCUUCUGAAGCUGCAUCAGUCACGGUUCAUCGGCACUCUUUCUUUCUCCCGAUAUCACAGCCCAUAAUAAACACUAAUGUGCCUUUGCACUGUGUCAACCAUGUUCAUCGCUGUCUUCUGUUUAAUAGCCUUUUCCUUUUCCAGUUUAACCUGCUGUGUACAUUUUGAGUUGAAAUAAAUACGUCUGAUCUGCUCGCA